UUCAACUGUGCAAUGGAAAACCUUAUAAAAAAUCUAUUCCUAAACAAGAGUAACCUUCUACCCGACAGCUACGAGCCCCAAGGCAGCUGCCUCUCUUCUGGCUCUGCCCGCGUUUCCUAUGCCGCCCGUCUGCUGGCGGCUUGUGUCGCGUUGCGGUUCCAGGAGACCAAAUCCCGCACUUGUUGGCGACACACGGAGAAGUUCCCCGGCGUGUCAUUCCCGCAGGUGCCCGUGGGGCCGGGAAGGGGCGGGGCGGCGCGGCGGAAGUGCGCGGCGGCGCUCGCAGCGGCCCGGCCCGGCCCGGCCCAGCGGCGUUUAACCAAAAACAUGAAGAAAUUAAAGCUUAAAGAACUGGAAAGCUGUCUUCAACAAGUUGAUACUUUUGAAAGCCCAAAACUACUCCUUGAACAGUAUCCAACAAGACCUCAUAUUGCAGCAUGUAUGCUUUAUACAAUUCACAAUACUUUUGAUGACAUUGAAAACAAAACAAUUGCAGAUUUAGGAUGCGGUUGUGGCAUGCUCAGCAUUGGAAGUGCAAUGUUAGGAGCAGGAUUCUGUGUGGGGCUUGACAUAGAUGGAGAUGCACUGGAAAUAUUUAAUAGCAAUAUUGAAGACUUUGAGCUCACAAAUGUCAACAUGGUUCAGUGUGACAUCUGCUCUUUAUCUGACAGCAUGUCAGAUGCUUUUGAUACAGUUAUUAUGAACCCUCCGUUUGGGACAAAGCACAACAAAGGAAUUGAUAUGAUUUUUCUGAAAACUGCUCUACAAAUGGCAAAAACAGCUGUAUAUUCCCUUCACAAAACUUCAACACGGCAGCACAUUCAGAAGAAAGCAGCAGAAUGGGAAGUGACAAUGCAAGUCUUAGCAGAACUUAGGUUUGACUUACCGGCUUCAUACAAGUUCCAUAAGAAGAAAUCAGUUGACAUUGAAGUGGACUUCAUUAGAUUUUCUGCCAAAAAGUCCUGAACUGAGGCAUGUCUUUAAAACCUAUUGAAAAUGGAACAAUAAAACCACUAUUUUUUAAAAUUCUUUUGAGUA